GCCAGCGCCGAGGGGACAGCGCGCUAAGCGUGCGGCCCUGACAGGCGGCGGCAGCUCAGCUCAGCGGAGCAGAUCGCGGCAGCGAAGGGCGGGCUUGUCUAGAGAACGUCGGCGGUUCCAUGGAAACCCAGUUCACAUAUGAAGAUUAUCAGACCACCGCACAGUGGCUUCUGUCCCACACCAAGCACCGCCCUCAAGUGGCGGUGAUCUGCGGUUCUGGGUUAGGAGGUCUGACUAAUCAGUUAACUCAGGCCCAGAGCUUUGACUACAGUGAGAUACCAAACUUUCCCCGGAGUACAGUGCCAGGCCAUGCUGGUCGACUGGUGUUUGGGUUCCUGAACGGCAAAGCCUGUGUGAUGAUGCAGGGCAGGUUCCACAUGUAUGAAGGCUACCCGCUCUGGAAGGUGACCUUCCCAGUGAGGGUUUUCCAUCUUCUAGGUGUGGACACCCUUGUGGUCACCAAUGCAGCUGGAGGGCUCAAUUCCAGCUUUGAGGCUGGAGAUAUCAUGCUGAUCCGCGAUCACAUCAACCUGCCUGGUUUCUCUGGUCAGAACCCUCUCAUAGGUCCCAAUGAUGAAAGGUUUGGAGUUCGUUUCCCUGCCAUGUCUGAUGCCUACGACCGGGAUAUGAGGCAGAAGGCUCACAUUGCCUGGAAACAAAUGGGGGAGAAGAGAGAGCUACAGGAAGGCACUUAUGUGAUGGUGGCAGGCCCCAACUUUGAGACUGUGGCCGAGUGUCGUCUGCUGCAGAAGCUGGGGGCGGAUGCUGUUGGCUCGAGCACAGUUCCAGAAGUUAUAGUUGCAAGGCACUGUGGACUUCGAGUCUUUGGCUUCUCCCUCAUCACUAACAAGGUCGUUAUGGAUUAUGAAAGCCUGGAGAAGGCCAAUCACGAGGAAGUCCUAGAGGCCGGGAGACAGGCGGCACAGAAACUGGAAAAGUUUGUCUCCAUCCUUAUGGCUGGCAUUCCACAGCCUGGCUGUGCCAAUUAACCGGGCCUGGAGUGGUCUGGCUUCUCCCUUAUGGGAUCUAGGUAGCUGCUACCUGCUUUGGCCCCUUGGUGGGUCGUGUGCCUCAGCCCUUAGGUAGUAGCAGACAAGAAAGGAAGAACCACAUCCUUCUCCUCCCCACUUUCCCAUCAGAACUUUCUGGUGCCAAUUCUUCUUUUGCUCCAUUGUUUUCUAAACAGUUCUUGUCCAAGAGUUGGAGCACAAGGCCUACCAUGUAUCCAUGGAUAUCCCCAGGAUGUGACUUAGGCCAUUGAACUUGCUACAGUAGCUUCUCUAGUGUCUUGAGAUGAUGCUCUCACAUUCCUGAGAGCUCAGUUCUGAGUCCCCUAAAGCAGUAGAUAAUACACAAAGGCCAGCCUUAUGUCUCUUGGACUUUAAUGCUUUCAUCCUUUGAGAAUACAGAAAAAGAUAAAAUAAUUUCUUCACUUUUGUGCAAUUUGUUGUAAGGCUGUGUCACAGGCCAAGGGGAGUAUGAAAGGCCUUGAGACCACAUAUCUUGUGUGACUAUCUGCUUCUCAGAGAAGUAGCUAAGCACUGAGAUGAGGUUGUAUGUGAAUGCAGGAAAGAGGAAGGAAAGGCAAAGUGAUGACAGGAAAAACUGUUUAAACUGCAUAUUGGCAAGCUGAUCUGUAACUGGUAUCUUAGAUGAGAUGAGGAUGGAAGGGCUAGCUUCUGGCAGAUGAAGGCCUCUUCCGUCACAUGAGUCUGCUCUGUCCCUUGCCUUAUGAUCACCUCCUGUCUACUUUCUCAUCAAUAUCAGCCCCCAUUAACUAGUCUUGAAACUGAGGAUGAAAGACUUCAAAUUUCCCUGGAUUCAGAUGAAACCUGUACCCACAAGGUUAACAUGGGAAACAGAGUAACCAAAGUUUCUGAGCUUGCCUGGAAGAAUACCAGGAGGACCACUGAUAAGACAGUAGCUUCCUGACAGCCCUCCACCUGACUAAGCCUCAUGCAGGAGCAUUGAGAAGCUAUAAUGACCGAUUGUAAGCUUCACAUGUCGUAGACUAAAGAUCCACCACAGGCAACACGUGGAACCCUUUGGAAUUUGGACAGGUCUCCUGUGAAGACGUAUGAAGGACAGCUGCCCCUACGCAGAGGACUCUUAGUACUUCAGCCCCCCAAGGCCAUAUGUUCCCCUCAUCUUAUUCUCAAGAUACGCUUUGGAAAAACUGUUUAAACUGCAUAUUGGCAAGCUGAUCUGUAACUGGUAGAAAGAAUAGCUUGUUAGUAGAAAAUUUGUGUCCUCUGCUCAAACUGUUCCCUCUGUCCGAGAUAAGAAAGGCACUGAGGUUUUCUUAGGUUGCUCAGGAAUGUUGCAUUCAGGAGAUCUGCUACGGUGAGGCACCCAACUUUCUGUGGUCAUCCAUCGCCUGACAUUUCUGAGCCCCCUCCCCAACUCCAUUUGCUUUAUAUAAGUCAUUUCCAAAUCAGCUCCCUUUUAAGACGGGUGUUUUUUAGGAUGAUAGUCAGCUCUCUGCCAAUUUGCUAGUUUAUCGCUUAUUAAAGUUCUUUCUCUACCAUCGCCUGCUUGACCUUUUAUCUCGGGGAGUGUAGAUCGAGCCCUUGCUCUGUAUCAAUCUCAGCUUCUGUUCAUAGUCGCCACUUCCUUGUUAGGCCUUCAUUAUAUUUCCUCUUGAUUUCCUUCUCUUUGCUACUCGACAUGUCACCAGCCACGGACUCUAACCCACUUCCCUUGUCUUGCCUAAAGUCUAACCUUUUUUUGUGUUUGACCUAAUUCUCUUGUCUUUUUGAAAGCUACUGAUAUUCCCUUCUCUAAUGACUUUGGAGUCUUGAGCUUUGUGGUUUCAGCUAUGCUCCAGGAAGAAGCUCUAAGUGCCAACAGCCCUAGACCCAUCCACUCUGAACCAGUCCAGACCUCAACCACAAGAAUGACAACUGUGCAGACAGAGAAUUGUACUAAAAUAAACUGCCCUCAUUAACAUCCUAAAUUCUCCUCCUCUGGGAGGGGCGAAGUAGCGCUUUUUAGAUCAUGCUAUUUAUAUAAAAGCGUGAUUUCAGGGGCUGGCCCUUUGGCCGAGUGGUUAAGUUUGUGCCCUCUGCUUUGGCGGACCAGGGUUUUACUGGUUCGGAUCCUAGGCGAGGACAU